GCUGAUUUUGUGCUAUACACAGAAGAGGAUAAAGAUGUCUGUGCAGAUCACCUAUGCAGAAGUAAACGUGAAAAGAGAUGGGAAGGAGAGGGAGAAAACACGUGAGUUUAUGUCUUUAGAGAGAAAUACAGGUAAUUCUCCAGCUUCACCAAAAAUAACAAAGUCCUCCUCCAGAUGUUCUACUUUUUUGUGUACCAUGAUGAUUUUUUUAUUACUUUUAGUUAUGAUCCUGAUCAUAAUAGUUGUUUGGAAAACAGUGCACAAAAACAUACCUCAAUCAAGUCAAGAUGGCAUCUGCAAUAAUAGCAAAGAAACUGAUGAGGUAACCAGCAAUCACGACAAUCUGUUUCAGAACUUCAAUAAAACAUAUCAGAAUUUUCUGUGUAACAAACAUGUGGACUUGCCAGUCUACAAAGACCAUCUGAAAAAAAUAUGUAUCAGUGAAGGGAAAAUUGCAGGUACAAAUUGCACACUCUGUCCUGUUGAGUGGCUACAACAUUUGAAAAAGUGUUAUUUCAUUUCUAAGGAAAAUAAAACUUGGCAUAACAGCAGAAAUUUCUGCAACUCAUAUCUGGCUCACCUGGUUAAAAUUGAGAAUGACGAUGAACUGGAGUUUCUCAGAAGCAAAAUGGUAAAGGCAGAAUACACUUACUGGAUUGGAUUGUGGCAACAAUAUACUUAUGACAUUUGGAGAUGGUUUGAUGGCACACCAAUGGAUACUCAAAAAUCUCCAUUUAAAAUUGUUUCAAGUUUAGGCAAUAGACAUGCUUGCAUAUCCCAAAAACACAUUAUUACAGGAAUGCCGGAGAGGAAGCGAAUGUGGAUCUGCGAGAGAGAUGCUGUGCCUGUGUAGCUGUUUCCAACAGAAAACAUAAAAGUAAUUAAGAAUUAAAGUUUGAUUACUAAGAAGCAGGUUGUGUCUUUGUAAUAGAAUAGUCACAGAGUAAUUUAGUUCAGCAAUUUAAUUGUUUUUAUUUGUACUUUCUUUUGUAAUUUUAUUGUACCAAGUUACUUUCAUAGUUGACUGACUCUUGUGUGAAAAAGAUAUGUCCAGAUAUUCUGUUUAGUAAAUUAGCUUUACAGAAAAUAAAAAUCCCUUUGCUUUUUACAAAUACUCUUUACUUUUAAUAUACCUUCAUGAAGCAUGUAGAUUAGAUUUAUUAUGUCUGGCGCCACACAUUUAACUGCAUUUUUAAAAUAGACUUUUUUUUGAUUAAAUUAACUGAAGUUACUAUUUUAGUAUGACAUCACAAAUGGCAAAAAAUGAUGUGGGCAGGAACUUAAACAUAUAAUUGCAUGUCUAACAUAGUUUGCCUUCUACAUUGGUGCAACAACCUUUAACUUUUGUUUAAAAAAUAACUGUACACAGCUUUAUGAAUUAUUC